AUGGCUAUUAUUGAAGAAAAUACAAGCAAUAAUGAAAGAGAAGAAAAUUUUGAAGACGAAUAUCGCUCGAUUACGCUCGAAACAAGUCAUCCGAUAUACCUGCAUCCAUCAGAUCAUCCAGGUCUGAAUCUUGUAACUAUUGUGUUGAAUGGAGACAACUUCAAUGAAUGGAAAAGGUCUGUAACACUUGCUCUCUCUGCUAAGAACAAGUUAGGGUUUGUGAAUGGUAGAUUUAAGAUUCCUGAUGAAUCUUCUCUGUCUAGUUCGGUGUACACACCUCUUGCUGUUGAUGUAUGGAAUGAUAUCCACACUAGGAGUACCUGUACAACAAGAAUUCAGGCAGAACAGCAUGAUGAAAUGAUGAAAGUAACACAGUUCUUGAUGGGAUUGAAUGAGAUGUACACAAAUAUAAGAGGACAAUUACUCAUGAUGAAUCCAAUGCCAAAAUUGACUCAAGUUCUGGCACUAUUGCAACAAGAGGAAAGGCAAAGAAAUCAUGUUAACUCUGCACAGCCUACAAUUGAGUCUGCUGCACUUAUGAACAAAGCGACAACCAGAAGGUCUAAGCCAGAAGGCAGAAGAACUGAAUUCAGAAAGAAUGAAGGCAAGAAAGGAAAUCUGGAGUGUACCUAUUGUCAUGGUACAAAUCACACAAAAGACAUUUGUUAUCACUUAAUUGGUUUUCCACCAAGAAACAAGCAGGCAAGUGGAUCCAAUGAUAAAGUGGUAGCACAAGUUAUGAAUUCUCAGGGCAAUUCUCAGGGCAAUGCACCAACCGGCAGUGAAAGUCAAGAAAAUGGUAGCAAUCAAAACCCUGAGGUGGCCAUAAAUCAGUCUACACUGUCCACAGCUCAGUAUCAGCAACUCUUGCAACUUCUUAAUCAGACUUCUGGGAGAUCAGGUUCUUCUGCAGAUUUGACACAAACAGGUGCAUGGCCACACUAUUGCUCCUAUAUGACAUCGGUUUGCUUGAUAAAUUGUCAUACAUCUAACGACUGGAUUAUAGACUCUGGAGCAACAGACCAUAUUACCUGCUUUCAUCAUUUACUAACUGAUGUUACUACUUGCAAUGUUGAUAUUUGUUUGCCAAAUGGACAUCAAGCUCAAGUUAGAAUGAAAGGAAAUAUUAAACUCACUCCUGAUAUUAUUCUAUAUGAUGUGCUUCUUGUUCCAGCAUUUCAAUUCAACCUUGUUUCUGUUAGUAAGCUAAUCACCACAUUGCAUUGUGUUGUGAAAUUUCGUCCAAAAUCUUGUAUCAUACAGGACUCUUUGGAGAAGAAUGUGAAGGGGAUUGGUAAAUUGCAUGGCAAUCUCUACAAACUUCCCAUUCCCACUCAAAGAGCACCUCCUCAGACUCAUAAAAUUCUGUCAGCACCAGUCUCUUCCAAGGCUACUUUUUGUUCUAUUUCUCAGCUGGAAAAUUUUCAAGUUUGGCACUCCAGUCUUGGUCAUACUCCAGUAAAUGUUUUCAAAAAUACUGAUAGUAUUGCUAUUCCAGACAAUACAAACAAAUUGCUUCCUUGUGAUGUAUGUCACUAUGCUAAAUAUAGUAGGUCUUUCUUUCCUAAAAGUUUGAGUCAUGCUGCAUCUCCUUUUGAUGUAAUACACUGUGAUUUGUGGGGUCCUUAUAGACACAAGACUUAUGCUGCCUGUAAAGAGUUGUCUUUUAUUGACUCACUCUCUCCAGUGUCACAAACUCCACAAUCUACUGUGCCACCUGUUUCUCCACAGUUAAGUCAGGAUGAGACUGCUUUAAAUGGUUCUCCUCACUCUACUGAGUUUAGGUCAUACUCUAUGUCACCUGAUCAAAAUUUACCUACUCAUCCUUCUGAGAUUUCUCCUUCAGUCCCUACUCAUGUUCCUGAAGUUACUCCUGCUGAACCAGCAGUUAGACCGCAGAGAACUAAAGUUCUACCUCAUAAGUUUAGUGACUUCACUGGCUUACCUCCUACUGUUAUCAAGCAAUGUGCAUCAACAGUAGCAGUACCAUAUAAUAUCACAGAUAUUGAUACUGCUACUCAGUUUACUAUUCCUUAUAUUGCCAGUGUUACAAAUCUGUCAUCCAAGAUUCCUGAGCCAUCAACCUAUAAGCAAGUUGUACAGGAUUCAAAUUGGUGUACAGCUAUGCAAACUGAGAUUAAUGCCUUAGAGGCCAACAAUACCUGGGUAAUCACCACUUUACCACCAGACAAACAUGCAGCUGGAUGCAAAUGA